AUGACGCAAAGAGGUAGGGACGAAUUUGACGACAUUCCGGAUGACGAACUUGAAGAAACAAUACUCGAAAGGCUUGAAGGUCUCAGUGAAAUGAUGCCACCAGGUCUUCGCAAGGCAAUCAGUAGUGGUCUUUCAUGGAGCGUAUGGGGUGCGAAGAACCUUUGGUAUCUGACUCGUCAAAGCAUCUGGAUUGCUGCUACGACGUCACUUAUAAUGUUCAUGCCUUAUGUUAUCGAGAAGGAACGGAGCGAUCUCGAAAAAACUCAGGCUGCCCAACAACGACAAAUGCUUCUGGGGCCGUCAGCUGCUGUUCAGGCUGCCAAACAACAUUAA